CUUCCGGGUCGGAUGUUCUUUCUCUAUCCCUGGUCCGCCCUGUUCGUCUUGCAUUAUGGCUGUGCCCGACCGGGAUGAAAAGAAAAGGAAGCAAUUUGGGAAUCGUUUUCUCACUGAUACAGCUCGGCUUUUUCAACACAACGCCUGGGAUAAUGUGGAGUGGUCUGAAGAGCAGGAAGCUGCUGCACAAGCAAAGGUUCGAGAACAGAGCAUGCAGUUAGUACCACAAGAUCAGCAAGAUAGUGAAGACUUGGAACGUCUGGAUACAGAGAGAAACAGUAAUAGCAACAUCACCUAUCAGCUGCAGUCAGAAGAUGAAAUGACAUCGCAGAAGCUGGGGGAAGGGAAAGUAAUAAAAGAUGGUGACUUCCCUGGGUCAUCUGCUACUUACAGAAUAUUAGAGGUGGGAUGUGGUGCAGGAAAUACAGUUUUCCCUAUCCUCCAAACUAACAAUGAUCCUGGCCUUUUUGUGUAUUGUUGUGAUUUCUCUACUACAGCAGUAGAUCUUGUCCAGGCCCAUCCAGAAUAUGAUGCCUCUCGUUGCUUCGCCUUCGUUCAUGACCUGACCAAGACUCAGACUCCUUUUCCAAUGCCAGACGAGAGCCUUGAUGUGGUAGUUCUCAUCUUUGUCCUUUCAUCUCUUCUUCCAGAAAAAAUGCAGUGUGUAAUCAAUAGACUUAGCCAGCUUCUAAGACCUGGUGGAAUUAUUUUAUUACGAGAUUAUGGACGUUUUGAUCUAGCCCAACUUCGCUUUAAGAAAGGUCAAUGCCUGGCUGAUAAUUUCUACGUGAGAGGAGAUGGAACCAGAGUUUAUUUCUUCACACAAGAUGAGUUGGAUUUGCUGUUCUCUACUGCCGGCUUAGAGAAAAUUCAGAAUAUUGUUGACCGCCGCCUCCAGGUGAACAGAGGAAAACAAAUCACCAUGUACAGAGUCUGGAUCCAGUGUAAAUACCGGAAGCCACAGGGAGAUGAUGAGUCUGUAGCAGGGAGAAUUUCUUCAAUUAUUAAUUGAACUUAAUGGGACCCUCCUGAUCUGGGAGAAGGUUCCCUGCUCUAGAGGAAAUUGUCAUACAUGUGACACACCAAGAUGACUUUGUUAUGCUAUUCUUGGAGGAUCAUUACUUUUUGAUGGUGAACAUUUUAAAUUUGGAACAGAGGGAAAAUUCCCCAGUUUGUAAUGAGUUUGGAUACAACCUUGUACAAUGCAGAACUCUUUCUGAAUUCUCAUAAUUUACAUGAUUACUUAUAAAUUA